UUAAUGAAGGAUAAUGAGAUUUGUGACACAAUGUGAUUUUUUCACAGGGUGUAGCGUGCCAAGCAUUAUUUCAGCAUGAAAUCGCUAACACGCUUGGUAAUAUUGCUGCUAGCUGUUUGCGUCUGUUUUGUAUUCGUUGGCGUGAAUCUUUUGUACCUCAAACCAAAACUGUAUAAUGGAUUUGGAAGUCAAACUAGUGCCAUGAACUUAGUGUAUGUGAAGCAUAAGCCGUCCACACAGUUUGAAACCAGGGGUGACAUUAUCUCUAGAAACACAGAAACCAAAAUUGAAACAGAUGCCAGUGUUCCACAUCUUUACAGAGCUUCACUUCGCAAUCCUUGGAGUAAUAGAUUUCACGAAAUUGUGUUAGCUGUUGUCGCAUGUGGAGAUCGUCUAGCUGAAACUUUAGUGGUGAUAAAAUCAGCAAUACUAUUCACUAAAUCACCAUUGAAAUUCAUUGUGGUUGCAGAUGAUCAUCUUAUUCCUAGUUUCAGGGAGAAACUCAAUGAAUGGCAAAAUCUGGUAAAUAACUCAUUUUCAUAUGAAUUACACCAUAUCACAUUCCCCCUGAAGGGAGAUACUAGUGAGUGGAGACGUUUAUUCAAACCUUGUGCAGCUCAAAGAUUAUUUCUGCCUACAGUUCUGAGCCACAUUGAUGCUGUUUUGUAUGUGGAUACAGAUACCUUAUUUCUUGGACCAUUAGAGGAUGUGUGGAGACACUUUGAACUUAUGAAUUCAUCUCAGAUAGCAGCUUUAACUCCUGAACAUGAAGAUCCAAAUACUGGCUGGUACAACAGAUUUGCCAGGCAUCCAUAUUAUGGAAAACUAGGAGUCAACUCUGGUGUUAUGUUAAUGAAUCUUACCAGGAUGCGCACUUUCCGGUGGACAGACUAUGUUGUACCAAUAUAUAAAGAAUACAAACUGAAGAUAACAUGGGGAGAUCAAGACAUUAUAAACAUAAUAUUCCACUUUCACCCAGAUAAACUGUACGUAUACCCAUGUCGGUAUAAUUAUCGUCCAGAUCACUGUAUGUACAUGAGUGUGUGCCAUAGUGCUGAUAAGGAAGGUGUUGCUGUACUGCAUGGAAGUCGAGGGAGCUUUCACUCUGAGAAACAACCACCUUUCCAUGCACUCUAUACUGCAAUGGAAGAAUAUCAGCUGGGGACAGAUCCUCACACAAAUCUUUAUUUACCCAUUAAGAACUACUUGGAACUAGCGUCAUCAUCAAACUGUGGUCUUGCAUUUUCAUUACUGAAUGUUAAGUGUAUCAUCAGUGAUUUGAUGGAUAUUAUUUAGUGAGUCACUGUAAUUUUAUGAAUGAAUGUUAAGUCUUUUAUGCUUGUCUUAUUAAAAUAAAUUUAGGGAGUAUGCCUUCCUCAUUAGCAUGUCUGUCCUUCCUGGUUUGUUUUGCUUUAAAUGCACUGCAUAGAUGUGUGUGAGAAUUUGCAUCUUAUAUCUUACAUUACAUUUGUUUAUAUGAAAUUUGUAUGAAUUCUUGCAUGAAAAUUUAAACAAUUUUUGGACUUCUAAAAGUGAAAUAAUAUAUUAUUACACUUUUGUUGAUA